AUGGAACUGAAGCUCCUACUGCUCAAAGCAUUCCACCAAACUUUCCAAGAAAGUGGUUGUCUGUGUGCACAGAAACGCUCAGGUCGACCUCGUACCUCUGACGAAAACAUCGAGCGAGUUCGACAAAGUUUCGUUCGAAGUCCACAGAAGUCUACACGUCGUGCAGGCCUAGAGCUAGAUCUCCCACAUUCGACCGUUUGGCGUGUUCUACGACGUCGUUUGACAUUGAAGGCUUACCGAAUACAACUGUUACAAGCCCUCCUACCGGAUGACAAACAAAAAAGGAUUGAUUUUUUGCAAUUUCAUAUCCGAAAAACAAGAAGAAAAUGA